AUGGCGGCUGCCACAGUAAAGACCAAUGACCAGGAGUAUGCAAGGCUGCCAGGGGUGCCAGACUCUGUCGAGAGCACGAAGGCGAGUGCGAUAUACAUGGCCAGCUUGAGCGUGCUAUCCUCAUGCAAAGGGAUCACAACAUAUUUGUACAGACCCUGGACAACUCCGUCCAAAAUUUGCUGGAGUGAGGAUGGCAUAUCCCCUUGUAUCGAAAAAGCCCCAUUCGAGGCACACAGAGAGUGGCCGCCCGAUAGUUAUAAACCACAAGACAUCACUCCCCGACGGAUCAUUUCAAAAUGGACCACCUUGGCUGCCUUUUCUUGCAAAAUGUAUCCUAACAUCUCGUAUGCGCUUCUGUCGGCGGCGCUCAUCGUGCUAAGUAUGGUGCAUCUCAUCCUGCUUACCGCUCACCGCCCCCAGCCUCACCGUUUGCCUGAGAUAUCAAUCUUCGUUCUCUUUAUCUGCGUCAAUGCUGUGGUCAUUGGCAUUGGUCUAUCAGGCUUAAGAUGCGGGGAUACGCCAGCAUUCUACUAUCCCUUGGGAAUAUGUACAGCAUUUCCGCUAGCCCUUGAGAUGAUUCGGCAGACCAAAAUCCAGGCUGGACCUCUUACGAACGCCCUGCUGCAUCGAUUAUUUCUAGGAUAUGGUUUUCUGUCCCCGGCGGUAAAGCUCGGGUUGAUCUUAUGGUUUAGCUCGGUCGUCUACGAGGCGUCGGUGAAAGGUACAGCUGUGGUCGUGUCUAUCGACUACACGGUACUCGCGAUUGCUGGUCUGCUUUUUUGGCGCGGAAUUCGCGGUAUACCAUCUCAGGGGCCUGUAAUCCGUGAAGUCACAAUCCAUGCACUUCUUGUUCUCGUAACAGCAGGGUUUGCCGCAGGUGGACUCGUCCACGAAUGGCCCUUCUGGAUCGAAGUGAUGUUGAUUAUCACUCUUGUUGAGUACGCAGUUACUUUAGGCACGGCAGCAAGCAAAGUGAUUCUGGUUUUGAGAGCGAUGCGAGAAAAUGCAGAACCCAACAAAAAAACCGACAGAUCUCAAGAUCGAGAUGACGGCCAAACCACGGCCCAUGUUCCACAGACCGAAAUAGGGAGGAAAAGGCGAACCGAAGUUCGCCAACGUCUGAGGCUCUACUGCUGUACCUGGGUUAAUCGAGCCAUCAAGUGCUGCAACUGCGAAGUAACUGGCUCGGCGGUCAACAAAUGCGCAUGUGAGCAUGAAUUUUGUCUUGUGGAGAUGGAGCCCAAUUCCCUCGGCGCGAGACAGUCAACCACAUGUUCAACCCACCAGCGAAGAUAUCGCGAUAGAAAUUUCACUGGUUGUUUGACCUGCAAGGCAAGGCAUGUCAAAUGUGAUGAAGCAGCACCUGCCUGUCGCAACUGCAUAAAAAGGGGUUUGCACUGCGAUGGCGCCCAGAAUGAAAUACUCUUCAAAUUCUUCGACCCCAGCCAGGCGUCGUCCGGUUUUGUAAAGAGACAGCAUAAAGCUUUUAGAAGGGAAACGGCCAAAAACCACGGUGUCUCCAGCUCACACCCAUUGCCAUAUAAGGACCCAACUUCCCCCUGUCUACGUUCCGUGGAUUUACAAAGUGGGACCCACGCUUCCACGGAAUCUCUUGCCAUGGACAACCCCACCACUGGUGACGGCAAGCCCCCGUUUCAAUCUACUCCCAAUGAUGAGGCUCGCGAUCUCCAGUCCCAUUCAUCCAGCUAUAACCCGUACUCGAUUGAUGAAGCUAAUUGCUACUCAGACUAUUCUGAUAUCCGUGGUGAUAUAUGUCGCGGCGAUGAAAAUGUACCCUUGGCUUUCAUUGUUUUCAUCUCAGAGCCUGUACUUCAAGAGCGGCUGGAGUAUCUGAAGGCUCAUACUUCAGAGCUGCACAAGCAACGCAGUGUUUUUCGCACAUUCUCCGAGCUUAGAGUUGAUGGACCUCUGGCAUUACCAUACGCGCUCUGUCUGGUAAAGACUCUCCGACAACACGCAGGGCAGCAAUUGUUGAUGAACAGAUUGAAUGAUACCAUCCUCUUCCUCUCCACACGAUUGAGAGGGCUGCUGUCAACACAUCUGUUAUAUACUCAUCGAGAUCGCAUAAGUCGUGCAUCACUUCUACUUCAACGACCGGUGUUCUACAAGCGUUCAGACUUGCCAGGAAAUAUCUGGCAAGAGAGCACUGUUUUGGAUUUCAGCCUGGAUGGCCUAACUGUGACAUUGCACCUUAGUAAUUAUCGCGUUCUCAAAGUGUCUGAUGAGCUUUGGAAGGGGUUCAACUCCUUGGCUUCGGGUAUUGCUGAUCCGGCCGUGAUGUUUGGCGUUGGCUAA